GAAGGGGCAAAAAUCCAAAACUCCCUACCUCUACACCACAUCCACAAACACUCGUCUCCCUCAAAACCCAAUCAGGCAAAUUACACACACAGAACACAACACUGAACCAAAUUUUCCAAAACCCUUAACCCCAUUGCUCCAUAAUAUCAAAGAACACAAUCAUGGAGAUAUCUUUUACAACUCUCUCUCUUUCAAGACCUCCACAUGCUCUAGCCUUCUCUUCUUCUCACUCCACCCUCUUUAAAAGCUCCAAUCUUUUGAAUACAACCAAGAACACAUUGGUUCUUGGUAAAGCUAGAAGAAGCAGAAAUGAGAGAAGUAGAAAGGGUUUGACUUGUAAUGCUUUGUUUGGUCUAGGAGUGCCUGAGUUGGUUGUGAUUGCUGGAGUGGCUGCUUUGGUUUUUGGGCCCAAGAAAUUGCCUGAAGUUGGCAAGAGUAUUGGAAAAACUGUCAAGAGCUUCCAACAGGCUGCGAAAGAAUUUGAAUCAGAGCUUAAAAAGGAACCCGAUUCUCUAUCCGACAGCCCAGAAGAAACACCAACAGAAAUUAGCGACGAGAAGAAACAAGACGCUCAAGUCUCAAGCUCGAAGGAGAGUGUAUGAGGUUGUAAAUUAUGUAGUUGCAUUAUCUCUACUUUCAUUUGUAGCGCUAUCAUGUUCAUCUUUUUGUCAAAGUAGAUCAGUAUGAGAUCAUCAUCGGAAAUGGUACGAUAUAUCGUUCUCUGGUAGUAUUUCUGUGUCGCCUAUUUCUUGAAUCCAUUCAAUCACACAAAUCAGCCAUUCUAAAUUUA